AUGACUCCGAAGAGCGUUAAGUCCAACCUUGUGUUCCACGAACCGGUUCGCAAAACAUCCGAGCAAUUCCUUUCCGAAUGCAACAUAAUAAGGCCUGUACAAAUGGAUUACACAAGGCGCGAGCUUAAUUCGCUUAGCACUUCUGACGCCGAGUUUUGGAGAACUGCGGCCGAGCUCGCGGGCUGCAAAAUCAAGGCCCUUGAAGCCGAGACCAAGUACUUGGAGGCACGCCAAUUGCUCGAUCCUAACGAUGAUCCGGACGAGGAGGACCGGGUACGGUGGACCGACACCAUGACAGGGAGGAUGAGCGCCGCUAGCCUUGAGAAGCAGCUUUACCAGAUGCAAGCCGACAGGAUCGCGCGCGGCGGGGGUGUGCUUUCCAAGGAAUUUGUAUCCCUGGCGACAAAUUACCUCGGGGUUCAUGUUACCACAGAAAAGCUGGGAAAAGGCCAACAAAUGACCCGAGCAGAACGUGUCAAAUUCAGACAGUCCCUUCUCGCCGCAUACGAUGCCGGAAGAAGCAAGAACGUUAACCUCAUCUUCGAUCCCGUCACCGGCACGUAUCAACAAGCUCGCUUCAUGGUCGCGGUACAUAUUGUACCACGCAAGCUAGGCCACGAAACGCUAUCCGCGCUAUUCCACGAGGGCACCCCGCCAAACCCCUUCUCCCCUGACAACGGCCUUCUCCUCCCCCGCCCAGUCGCGCAAGCCCUCGACCACGGGGCCCUAGCGAUUGUGCCAAAUAUCGAUGACGAGGCGUACGACAGCCCCGAGGCGCUGACGAAGUGGAAAGAGCAUGAACCAAAAGAAUACAAGUGGAUAGUCAUCGACGAACAGGCGGAACAUUAUCUGGAUGCGCCCACCUUCGUACCGAGGUCCCAGCCUGGUAGAGGAAGAGAACUCACCACCCCCGGCGGCAAGGACGAUCUCAACAUGUUCAAUAUGAAUACUCCAUCGUGGUUCACGCUCGUUAUCGACAUUGGAAAAACUCAAGAAAUGGUAGAGAUUGCUUUGCUGGCGCUUACUAGAGCGAUUGAGAUUCGGCAGACAAGAUUGGAAGAAGAAGCGUCGGAAGAAGUAGGAGAGGAAGAGCUGAGAGAUGAAGAAGACGAAUUCGAUUGGAACAGUCGUCGUUUACCCUACUGGGAGUUUAGUAAUGACGAGAUGGUGGAGAGGAUGAUGGAGAAGGUGAUGGAGAAGGUGAUGGGGGGAGAAGAACGAGUAGAUGAUGAUGACGAUGAGGACGAGGAGGAAGAGGGGAGCGAUGAUAGCCUUAGUUCUUGGGACUUCUUGUCUGAAGAGGAUGAUUUGAUGAGAAAUGUUAGAGGAUGA